UGAGCGGGAACUUUUCAUCGUCUCCCUCCCUCCCAAAUCCUCACUGGCAAUUUCUAGGGUUUAUGGAACCGAAAGAGGUGUGAAUCCCAAAGCUCCAUUUCUUAUCAAUUCUGAAAAAAUUAGUGAAAUCUCUGUCCAGCUCUGUACGUUGGACCGUUGUGCCAGUUCGGUCUACUAGGACCACAAUGAGCGGAGCUCCUUUGAAGUUUGAAAACCCGAUCCGAGAUGCAAUCUCCAGAAUCCGAUUCGCCCCGAAAUCCGACAACCUCCUCAUCUCCUCUUGGGACUCUAGCUUAAGAUUGUACGACGUCGGAAGCUCACAGCUCAGAUUAGAGGCUCCGUCGGAAGCGGCGCUCCUCGAUUGCUGUUUCCAGGACGAGUCCGUCGCGUUUGCUGCCGGUUCUGAUGGCGUCAUCAGAAGGUACGAUUUACAUUCUGGAAUUCAUGAUUCAAUUGGAAAUCACGAUGACAUAUCAACAUGCGUUGGAUAUUCGGACGAAACCAGCCAGGUAAUUACUGCUGGUUUGGACAGGAAGAUAUUGUCUUGGGACACGCGUACAGAGAAGGGUUUUGUGUUUGCAAGUAAUCUCGAUUCGGAGGUGAUGUCCAUGUCACUCUCAGGUCUUGGUAUGAUGGUAGCCAUUGGAUCAUCAAUAUACGUGUAUGAUUUGCGAAACCUAGAAAAGCCAAUUCAAUCAAAAGAUUCACAUAUGGACGUCCAGAUUUUAUGUGUUAGCUCAAUUCCAUAUGCUAAAGGAUUUGCAGUUGGCUCGAUAGAUGGACGUGUAGCAUUGGAGAUUUCCUGUCCGUCUAGUUCAGAUGACAUCAGAUAUAUGUUCCGGUGUCAUCCAAAGUCAACUGAUAAGAGAUAUCACCUAGCAUCGGUGAAUGACAUUGUAUUCAAUCCGCUCAUCUAUGGCGCCUUUGUUACCGGUGACAAUGAUGGUUAUAUUACUGCAUGGGAUGCUAAAAGCAAAAAGAGACUAUUUCAGUUGCCUAGAUACCCAAAUAGUGUGGCAUCCUUAUCGUACAACCACAGGGGACAACUUCUGGCUGUUGCAUCAAGCUACACAUAUCAAGAAGCUAAUGAAAUAGAAGAGCUUCCUCUGGUAUUCAUUCAUGAAGUUGGCAAUGACAACAUGAGAUCUGUACCUGUUGGAAGUUCGAGCAGAAACUAAUUGUACACAUUAAGAUGAAGGUAAUGAACUUUAACCUUGGGUCAGAUACUUAUAUUUAAACUAGGAUAGGCCGUAAUCAUCUGUGAUGUCUCAGACUUUGGAACCAAAAGCCUUUGGACUGCUAAAUGUAAUCAAAUUCUGUUUAAUUUUCAGGAUCAUGUGUAAAGUUAUGAUGUUUGGGGUACUUGUAUAUUAAGCUUUGUCCCUUUUGAACCUGAUGCAAUGAUGUACCCGCCGAAAUUAUUUUUGAUUUGCAGAUUACAGCAGUCAGCUGCAAAGUUAGAAUUCUAGGAAUUACGCCUGUUGUAGAAUGUCGUUGUGGUUAACUUAUGUACCGUUCCUCUAAAGUCUAGACAGAUACCACUUUCAUGGGUUUUAUUUA